AUGGCCACGGGCGGCAUCGCCUGGUUACCGGCCAGCACGAUUCUUGCGCGGCGCCACGUCGAUACAGACGAUGUCGCAGAUCUUCCUCUGAUAAUGGUUAUGCACCACUCACGCGCCAAACCGGUGUCUGGCCAGCGCCGCUACUUUAUCUCGACGGCCAUGAUGUUUGUCGAGUUGAUCAAGCUGGUCUUCAGUCUGGCAAUUGACUGCCACGCACAGAUAAAGGCACAAAAAGCAGCCGCGGCCGCAGCUGCAGCAUCAGCAGCCAACGGUGAUGAUUCAAAACAACGACCAGCGUUGCCCGCCAACCCCUAUGCGCCCGCCAACAUCGCGUCCAUUCUCUAUCAGUCGCUCUUCGCGUCUGGGUCAUGGAUGCUGAUUCUGCCGGCUGGGCUCUACGCGCUGCAGACGCAUCUCGUCUACGUGGCCGUCAGCAACAUGGAGACAGUGCCUUUCCAAGUGACCUACCAGCUCAAGAUCUUGACGACGGUGCUCUUCAGCAUUGUGAUGCUGCAGCGCGUCAUCACCCCAAAACAGUGGCUCGCCCUGGUGCUUCUCACGCUGGGCGUGGCGAUUGUGCAAGUGGCCGAAACAUCAGGCGGCCCGGGCGCAAAGACAAUGGCGUCUGCGUCUGCAUCUGCAUCUGCGCCGGCAUCCUCUUUUUCUCUCGCCAGCCUAAUGGGCUGGUUUGCCGGGGGCCGGACAAACAGCGCAAACCACACACGAGUCACGACAGCAUCACCGAAGCUAGCCCACCCAAUGAACACCACCAAGGGCUUCUUCGCCGCCAUUGUGGCGUCCUUCAUCUCGGGCUUCACGGGCGUUUACUUUGAAAAGCUCAUCAAGGAGUCGCGCGUGUCCGUGUCCCUGUGGACGCGGAACGCCCAGCUCUCCUUCUUCAGCCUCUUCCCAAUCCUGCUGCUGGGCGUCUGGUGCAAGGACGGCGCCGCCAUCGCGCAGCACGGAUUCUUCGUCGGCUACGGCCCGACGGUGUGGGCGACCAUUGCCCUGCAGGCGCUCGGCGGCAUUCUGGUGGCCAUUUGCAUCACCUACGCCGACAACGUGGCCAAGAACCUGGCGGCCAGCUUCAGCAUUGUGGUCAGCUACAUGGCCAACGCGGUGCUAUUUGGCGAGCCCAUGACGCUGCAGUCUACGCUCGGCGUUUCGACGGUGCUGUUCUCUCUGUACCUGUACCAGAGCCGCAGCAGCCGACCGCCACCAGAUUCUCCGCUCCUGCCGGUCGACCGAGACGGCCUUGUCGACCUGCGGUCCAAGGAAAUGCGCGAAAAGUAG